UAUUAUGGAAUGUUCUAGAUUUACUUGUUCCCUACUCCAAGUUACUUGUUCCCUACUCCAAGUUAUUAGACUUUGUCUCCAAGUUAUGUAAUCCUAUAUAAGGAACUCAUUACUCAUGGAAUAAUAACAAUUCAUUCAUCUCUAAGUCAUACGACUCUUUCUCUCUCUCUCUCUCUAGUUCGAUCUAUUCUAAAACAAGAACACUAGGAUUAGAACACGUUAUCAGCACGAUCCUGCUCCAAGAUCAACCAAACUCGGAGAUCAUCAUAAACCCUAGCCGCCGCCAACCACUUCUAUCUCUAAGAUCUUUUACAUUCAGUUGUUUCUUAGAUCUUAAACUAAUCAUACUUUGAAUCCUUUCUUUGCUUGAUUGAUUAAGGUUUCUAAGAAAGGAACCAGGAGAAGAAUCGGCAAAGAUUAAGAUGUCGAGACUCCAUCACUCGGAUUACCCAGCCCUUGAUCUCAAUGGAGACAAUUACCUUGAUUGGGCGAUGAACACUUCAGCCGAUUUAAAGUCUAAAGGACUUGGGAAGUGUAUCAAAUACGGCAAUGAUACCCUUGCAUAUGAAAGGAGUAGAGCUGUUUUGAUAAUGAGAAAGCAUCUCGUGAAGGAUCUGUAUGAUGAGUGCAGUUACAUCAACGAUCCUUACGAUCUCUGGUCGAGAUUGAACACCAUGUUCUUCGAGCCAUUACUAGAUGAGUCCAUGAAAGAAUGGAAGGCUCUGAGGUUCCAUGAUUAUGAAUCCGUGGAUGACUAUCACUUUGAUCUUAUGAGAAUCACCUAUAGUCUUAAACUAUGUGGUGAAGCGAUAACAAACUAUGACUUGUUAAGCAAGACUCGUGACACGAUCCAUUCAAAGGAAGUGUUGUUAUCACAUAAGGCUAAAGGUUUCACAACCUAUUACGACCUUCUCUCAUACCUUUCAGCUCUUGAGAAAAAGAAGCAGAAAAGGAAAGUCAACCUCGACAAACUCGACUAUGUUAUGGAGAUAAGUGCCGAGUAUCAAUGUGAGAUGAUAUACGGUGAUGCUGAAGAAGCUAAGAAAAGAAAAUUCGGGUGGACUCAUAUAGAUGAUGAGAUUGGUUUAUUCAUUGAAUAGAGAACCAAAUGUGAGCCACGUCCAAGAUGUUAUUAUGGACUGGCCGGCUAUUGUUUAAGCCUUUUGACAUUCUGAUUUCAUACUUAUGAUUUGGUGUUUUCUUUUAAAUAUAAUGUGUCAUUCAAAUUUCAUAGCAUUAAUAAAAGUUUUUCUUUUAUCUUGA